GGUCAGAGGGUGGUGGUCAACGGCUCUGAGUUCAGCGGGAGGCGGAGCUGAGCGGUGUCCCCAAGGGGUCCGUCCUGGGAACAUCAACAUCUCCCUCAGUGACACCAACGAUGGGAUCGAGUGCAGCCUCAGCAGUUUGCUGCUGACGCCCAGCUGAGCGGUGCGCUUGGCACAGCAGGAGUAAAGGAUUGUCCCUCUGCUCCUUCAUCAUGAGGCCCCACCUGGAGCACUGCACCCAGGUCUGGGUGUCCCGUCCCAGGAAAGACGUGGAGGUGUUGGAAUGGGAGCAGAGGAGGUCGCGGAGAUGCUGAAAGGGCUGGAGCAGCUCUCCUGUGGGGAAAGGCUGAGGGGGCUGGGGGUGUCCAGCAUGGAGAAGGGAAGGAAGGCUCCAUGGACCCCUCAGUGCAGCACUGCAGGGCUAACCAGAAUGUACAGCACUGCGCUGAGGGCAUCGUCCAAAUGCCUCCUGAGCACUGCAGGCAUGGAGCAUCAACUGCUACCUGCAAACCUGUCCCAGUGUGUGACCACCCCGUGCUAACGAUAAUUCUUCCAAUUAUCAAGUGGCUCAGAAGAGAGCAGCAGCAAGCCUUCCACCCAAUUAAACAGGAACUGGUUCACCCAACUGCCACUGAUGUUAUGUGGAGGAAGUGACUUGCAGUGACCACACAGUGGGCUCAAGUUGGAAUCCCUCGUUGUGCAGGGAUCUUGGAAAUGAUCAUGGACUGGAUGAAGGCAGAGAUUUUGGAACGUCAACAGAGGAGGAGGUGAUGGGUGCCUGUGGCUGCGCUCGGGAUCGAGGGGUGGACUUGGCCGUGGAUGCUAUUGCACAGGUUAUCAUGGAUGUGAAACACACAGGGUAAUUAAGCAAGUCAAGGGGAUCAUGACCAUUUGUCUGGAGGAUGAUGGCUGACAUAUAGAUAUGGGGGGGCCUGGAGGUGGAUCAUGUCACGUCCCACAGGCUCACCAUGGCAAUCAGCACAUGCUUGCAGUGAUGGGGCAGCCACUGAUGGGUGGUGAGCUCAACUUCUUUUCUGCUGUUUCCCAAUUCUCUCCCCCAUCCCCAAGGACGGGGCAGUGAGCAAAGGGGCUGAGCUGCUGCAGGGUAACACCAUAACCCCGUGGCUGCACUGCCUGGCGCUGCAGGCCCCGACAUUGAGGUGUGGGGUCCUGGGCCGACGUCCAUCCGCAGAGCUGGGACGGGAGCACUCAGGGCUUGGCUGGGGGCUUUCCUUCCUUCCUUUUUCCCCUGUGAGCAGCUGUCAGUGGUUCCAUUGCUUUUCCCUUGGUGUCUCUGGUAGCAUGGGAACACUUUCUGUGCUUUUUGCUUCUGCUUACGGGAAAUGGAGAGGGACAGCAUAAAGGAAGUGGCAAAGGGAGGAGGGGAGAGUGAAACAGGCAGAGGAGGCAGCGGGGUGAUCCUGAGCACACUGAGCUGUGCCCCCUCCUGUGCCCCUGCGCCGUUGCUGAGCAGUGCUGCACAGAGCUGGGCUCCUGCAUCCUUCUGCACAUGGAGCACACUGUCCUGGGCUGGGUGCUGCUGCUCGGCACCUGGACUGCUGCAUCGGCUGCCGGCAUUAAGAACAGCCAGAUCAAGGAGGUGGCGAUGGACAUGGCCCCCAACUCCUUUGAUGACCAGUACCAGGGCUGCAUCGACUCGAUGGAGGCUGAGCUGCCGGAGCUGAACCGCACCGAGUUCAACAACAGAACCUACGCUGAGGGCUGGCGUUCUGCCACUGAGCUGUGGCAGAGCCGAUCGGGUGAUGCCACCAGCCCAGUGGUGUUGGAACGGGAUCAGGCCAUAGCUGUGCUGGCGUACACGAUGGAGGGGGAUCUGUACCGCGUCUUCAACAACGCCACGCUCACGGCUGGGAGCUCCCGGCAGCACUACCUGAGCUCCUACCCCUUCAAGACGCUGCAUUUCCUCCUGAGCAGAGCCCUGCAGACCCUGCGGGAAUCCCAGACCCAGCAAUGCUACCACGUCUACCGCGGUGUCAGGGGCACCCGAUUCACAGCACAGCAAGGCCAGGUGGUUCGCUUCGGCCAGUUCACCUCCUCCUCCUUCAACCAGGGGGUCGCUGAAGGCUUUGGCCGGGACACGUUCUUCUUGGUGCUGACCUGCUAUGGUGUGCCCAUCAAGGACCUCUCCGCGUUCCCCAGUGAGGACGAAGUCCUCAUCCCACCCUUUGAGCAGUUUGAGGUCACCAGCAUCACCUACAAUGGGGACAGAAGUGAAAUCCAUCUCCUCUCCCAGGGGAACAGCAGCACCUACAACUGCGAGUUUGUGAAGGAGAAAAGGUGCAAGGAGCGGCCGUGUGCUUUCAGUGCAGAGAAAAGGUGCAAGGAGCGGCCGUGUGCUUUCAGUGCAGGCAGGAGCAGCCCCAUGGAACCCCCACACCUCUGCGUGCUCCUCCUGGCAGCCGCAGCCCUGGCAGCCCUGGGGGAGCCCUGAGCUGCACCCCGCACUGCUGCCAUCCCUUGGAUCCGAACGCCUCUCCGUGACAUUCCCAUCAGCACUGCUGGCCCCACAUCCUGCUCGAGCUUCUCACCAAAGCUUGUGCCACUGCCGCGACGGCUGCUGAAGACUGAGCAGAUCUUUGCUUGAGGGUCCCGCCGUGCUCACCUCCACGGUGAGGUCACCUCCAAGCACCAAGCUGUGCUGCACGACCAGGCUGCCUUGCUCCCUCCCUGGAACGCAGCCCAUGGGACCUGCACAGCAGGGUGUAGAGCAGCUCCCUACCCCUGCUACUCGCUACCCCCUGACCCCACUGUGGUCCCACUCCUCCCCUUCCCCUGCAGAACCCCGUGGCUUUGCAGAGCUCUAAGUUCCUCCAGCUCCCCGUGCUCCCAAAUAUCCACAAGUUCCCCAACAGCAGAGAUGUUCCCUCCAUGAGAGCCCUGCCGGCAGCCCGCACUCUCCUCGAGUUUCAAGUUGUAGGUGCUGUUUUUGCACUGGGAGUGGAGAUGGACAAAGGCUUUUCCCUUACUUUUUUAUGGUGACCUCCGUGGUCUCAAAGGGUGCAAAGAGGACUUCUCUGUCCUCAUCAGGGUGGAAGGAGGAGUCUUUGAUGGGGACAGCAUGGCAGGGCUCCACGCAGAAGAAGGUGUCCAGGCCAAAGGACUCAUCGACCUUCUUCUGGAGGCUGGAGGAGGGGAACUGGACAACGUGGACCAUUGCUGUGCCAUGAAGUGGGUGUUCCUGAUGCUGGAGUAGAUGUGGUGGCAGCGUUGGGCUGGGAUUCCCACAAGGUCUGGCUCAGGAGGACGUGCGGUGUCGUGGAGAGGAAGGGAAACCCACAUUGGCCCUUUUGGUGCCCGAUGUGGGAUCUGGAGGGCUGAGAUAAGGGCAGAGCUGGCCAGAGCCUGUUUGAGCAGUCAGAAAUCCUCAUCCCACCCUUUGAGUACGUUCAGGUCAGCAACUUCAGCCACGUCAAAAGCAGAGCCCUCAUCCAUCUCCGUUCCCAGGAGAAGAGCAGCAGCUCCAACUGCGAGCUUGUGAAGGGUAAGGGCUGCUGGCGGGGUGGCCAACAGGGGCUGGGGCACAGCCCCGGGCAGCUCUGUGCUCCCUGCACUCUUCCAGCCACGGCUGGAGGGGAUCAGGGGACACAUUGUGUGGCCCCACCCCCCUGGCAACAUCAUGGUGGAGUCAUGGAAAGGUUUGGGUUGGAACGGACUCUAAAACCCAUCCAAUCCCCACCCCUGCCGUGGGCUGGGUGCCCCCACCUGCUCAGGCUGCCCAGGGCCCCAUCCAUGACCUUGGGCACCUCCAGGGAUGGGGCACCCAUGGCUUCCUUAAGCACCCUGCUCCAGGGCUUCACCACAGGUCCUCUGAGUGAAGAUUUUCCCAAUAACAUCUAAUCCAAAUCUCCCUUUUUACAAAUAUCUUGUACCAUUCCCCUUGUCCUAUCAAACUCGGUGCAUGUUAAAGGGCAGACUCCCACCAUAAGCUGUCUUUAAUUAACAGAAAUUCACAAUUAGGUGUGAUCAUAAAAUCACCGAAUAGUCCAAGCUGGAAGGGACCAAUAACAAUCACCAAGUCCUUUGAGUUCCUUAUCUCAAGGGGAUUAAUUCUCUUUUUUCUAUUUCCUCCUUUUCUGACUUUCAGUUCUUGACACAUUAAUGGCUUAUGAGGUUACAUAAACUCGCUUUGCAGUUCUGUUACAUUGCCAAGAACAUUCAGUAGUUGGAGAAUCGUGGAAUAGUAGAAUUGUAGAAACAUAGAAACAUAGAAUCAUGGAAUCAUAGAAUCAUGGAAUCAUGGAAUCAUAGAAUCAUGGAAUCAUAGAAUCAUGGAAUCAUGGAAUCAUAGAAUCAUAGAAUCAUAGAAUCAUAGAAUCAUAGAAUCAUGGAAUCAUAGAAUCAUAGAAUCAUAGAAUCAUGGAAUCAUAGAAUCAUGGAAUCAUAGAAUCAUAGAAUCAUAGAAUCAUAGAAGCAUAGAAUCAUAGAAUCAUAGAAUCAUAGAAGCAUAGAAUCAUAGAAUCAUAGAAUCAUAGAAUCAUAGAAUCAUAGAAGCAUAGAAGCAUAGAAUCAUAGAAGCAUAGAAUCAUAGAAUCAUAGAAUCAUAGAAUCAUAGAAGCAUAGAAUCAUAGAAUCAUAGAAUCAUAGAAUCAUAGAAUCAUAGAAUCAUAGAAUCAUAGAAUCAUAGAAACAUGGAAUCAUGGAAUCAUAGAAUCAUGGAAUCAUGGAACCAUAGAAUCAUAGAAUCAUAGAAUCAUAGAGUCAUGGAAUCAUAGAAUCAUAGAAUCAUAGAAACAUGGAAUCAUGGAAUCAUAGAAUCAUAGAAUCAUGGAAUCAUGGAACCAUAGAAUCAUAGAAGCAUAGAAUCAUAGAACCAUAGAAUCAUAGAACCAUAGAAUCAUAGAAUCAUAGAACCAUAGAAUCAUAGAACCAUAG